UUUAUUAUAGAGAGAGAGGGAGAGAUAGAAAGAGACCCAGAAAGCCAAAACCAAGCAAAACCCCAAAAAAGGCUCUCUUUUUCAUAUACAAUCCAACUCCACUAGCUCUCACUGUCUCACUGAGCCUAUAUCUCUGCGCGGUGGGGGGGGUGUCAUUGUAUGUAAGGGAAGAACAGAGAGAGUGAAAACAGAGAGCAAAGAAAAAAAGAAAAAAAAGGAACAAAGGCAUAGGCAUCCAUCAAACUCUGUCUCUCUAUUUGCACCCCUUUGCAGUGAGUGUGGUCUCUCAACUCUGUAAAAAACUCUGUUUAGACUUUAGGAGUGAGAAAGUUAGAGAGAGAAAGAAAGAAAGUGUCUUUCUGUGUGUGUGAAGAGAGUAGCAGAGAUACAUAUAUAUAAAAGAGAGUGAGAGAUGCAGCAGCACCUGAUGCAGAUGCAGCCCAUGAUGGCAGCCUAUUAUCCCAACAACGUCACUACAGAUCACAUUCAACAGUACUUGGACGAGAACAAGUCAUUGAUUCUGAAGAUCGUUGAGAGCCAGAAUACAGGGAAAUUGAGUGAAUGCGCAGAGAACCAAGCAAAGCUACAGAGAAAUCUGAUGUACCUGGCUGCCAUUGCUGAUUCUCAACCCCAACCUCCUACCAUGCAUCCUCAGUACCCUUCCACUGGCAUUAUGCAACCAGGAGCACAUUACAUGCAGCAACAAGCAGCUCAACAGAUGACACCACAAUCGCUCAUGGCUGCACGCUCUUCUAUGUUGUACUCCCAGCAGCCAUUUUCAGCUCUGCAACAACAAGCCCUGCACAGCCAACUUGCCAUGAGUGCUGGAGGAAGCACAGGACUUCACAUGCUCCAGAGUGAGGCAAAUAAUGCUGGAGGCAGUGGUCAAUUUGGGGCUGGAGGGUUUGCUGAUUAUGGACGCAGCUCCCCUGGAGAAGGCCUGCAUAGGAGGAUGGCCAGUGGGAGUAAGCAAGAUAUGGGGGGUGUUGGGAGCUCUGGAGGCCAUGGCGGAGAUGGCGGUGAGACUCUUUACCUGAAAUCUGCUGAUGAUGGGAAUUAAGAGGUAAAAUGACAGACAUACUGGUCUGUUAGCAUCUGAACUUAGAGAAUUAGGUGAGGAAUAUCCAAUUAGGCGCAGAAGAGAGGAAAAAAAAAAAAAAAGAAGACUUGCUGCUUAAAGGGCUUGUGUUUAUCUUUGAGUGUUUACCCUCAAACCUUGAACUAUGGUUUUUUUAGUGAGACAAUGCAGUUAUGGUAGUAUAUCAUGUAAAUUUGUAGGCUAUCUUCUUAAGGCGCUUUCCCUUUUA